CCAUUUUUUUUUCUCCGUUGUAAAACUAACUUCGAGGCAGAAAAUAUUUAAAUAUGUCAAGAUGCAGAUGUCAGACAGACACCUGAUGGCCCCGUAAAGUGGAGUGGGCACUUACUGUUACUAGUGGAAGAGGUUAGGCUUGGGCACAUCCCGACACGCCAAUAUAACCCCAUAUCUAAUCUCUAAACUCCUCAACCUUAACACAAACCAAAACCCAACUAGCAAUGGUAGCAACUGCCAACGCUUCAUCCCUGCAGCUAUCCUCUACUGCCGUUUAUGGCAGUUUCCGAACUAGUGAUUUCACGUUUUUGGGUGUCUCAAAGCCUCCUCCAUUUCCCUACCAAAAACUAAAAACCUCUGCUGCCAUCAGAUGUCAGUCCACCAGUACCGACGAACCAAAAGCUAAAAGGAAUCUCUUGGAUAAUGCAAGCAAUCUUCUUACUAAUUUCCUAAGUGGAGGAAGUCUUGGUUCUAUGCCUGUAGCUGAAGGUGCUGUUUCUGAUUUGUUUGGUCAACCUCUCUUCUUCUCUUUGUAUGAUUGGUUUUUAGAGCAUGGCUCUGUAUAUAAACUAGCUUUUGGGCCAAAAGCUUUUGUUGUUGUAUCAGAUCCUAUUGUUGCAAGGCAUAUUCUUCGAGAAAAUGCAUUUUCCUUCGACAAGGGAGUUCUUGCUGAUAUACUAGAACCAAUAAUGGGCAAAGGACUUAUACCUGCCGACCUUGACACAUGGAAACAAAGGAGAAGAGUUAUUGCUCCUGGGUUCCAUGCAUUAUACUUGGAAGCUAUGGUCAAAGUAUUCACUGAUUGUUCAGAACGAUCAACGCUGAAAUUUGAAAACCUUCUAGACGGAGAGCAUUCAUGUGGAGGAGAGGCAAUUGAGUUGGACCUUGAAGCAGAAUUUUCAAGCUUAGCUCUUGAUAUUAUUGGACUUGGUGUCUUCAACUAUGACUUUGGUUCUAUUACAAAAGAGUCUCCUGUGAUUAAGGCAGUAUAUGGUACUCUUUUUGAAGCUGAGCAUAGAUCCACUUUCUACAUUCCGUACUGGAAAAUCCCUCUGGCAAGGUGGGUUGUCCCUAGGCAACGGAAGUUCCAGUAUGACCUCAAAAUAAUUAAUGACUGUCUUGAUGGACUCAUCAGAAAUGCAAAAGAGAGCAGAGAGGAAGCAGAUGUUGAAAAACUACAGCAAAGGGACUACUUGAAUAUUAAGGAUGCAAGUCUUUUGCGAUUUUUGGUGGAUAUGAGGGGAGCUGAUGUUGAUGAUCGUCAGCUGAGAGAUGAUCUAAUGACAAUGCUUAUUGCUGGCCAUGAAACAACAGCAGCUGUUCUUACUUGGGCUGUUUUCCUUCUUGCACAAAACCCAUCUAAAAUUAGAAAAGCUCAAGCAGAGAUUGAUUCAGUACUUGGCCAGGGGAGACCAACUUUUGAAUCAGUUAAAAAAUUGGAGUACAUAAGACUUAUUGUUGUAGAGGCCCUUCGCUUAUAUCCUCAGCCUCCAUUGCUUAUCAGACGUGCUCUUAAAGCGGAUGUGAUACCAGGAGGUUACAAAGGUGACAAGGAUGGUUACAAAAUUCCUGCUGGAACUGAUAUCUUCCUUUCUGUAUAUAAUCUUCAUAGAUCUCCAUAUUUUUGGGACCAGCCCCAUGAUUUUGUUCCAGAAAGGUUUCUGGUAGAAAAGAAGAGUGAAGGCAUUGAAGGAUGGGCCGGUUUUGAUCCAUCUCGGAGCCCGGGAGCAUUAUACCCUAACGAGAUUAUAUCAGACUUUGCUUUCUUACCCUUCGGCGGGGGACAAAGAAAGUGCGUAGGAGAUCAAUUUGCACUCAUGGAGUCAACUGUGGCAUUGGCCAUGCUGUUGCAAAAGUUUGAUGUUGAGUUGAAAGGAUCUCCCGAGUCUGUGGAGCUAGUGACAGGAGCAACAAUUCACACGAAGAAUGGUAUGUGGUGCAAGCUAAGGAAGAGGUCUAAUGGCCAUUGAUUCUUUUCAUUUACCAGCAAUUGAGCUUCAGCACCCUGUGUCUAACUCCUGUUGCUGUUGUUUAUACAAGUACAUAAUACAUAUUGUUUUUGACGGAUGGAAGAAGAAAUGUAAAUUUUGGGUCAAGUCAAAAAAUCUGUACUUUUGGCUGAAACGGUAUCAGGUAUCAAAUCUAAAACACCCUACCUUCUCAGGACUCAA